GACUAGCCCCUCACAUGUUCCUGCGUCGUCAGCUACCACUGAGCAAAAGUGAACCACGCCGUUGCAGAAAAGGGCACAAGUAAGUCAUUCAAUACAACGUCUUUCAAUUUUCACCAUUUCUUCUCCUUCUUCUUUCUUCACCUCACAAUCCCAAAAUAACCCCUUCUCACCUUUAAUGCAAAAUUGGAACCACCCAUUUCAUUUCAGCUCAAUCUGAAACUGAAACCCACUAUGGCCGCAAUUUCCCCUUCCCUUCGCUUCACGGCACUUGCUUUUUCCCUCGUCGUCUUCCACCAAACCCUAGCUUCCCACCCAGUCUCUUCGUUUUCGUUUACGGAUUUUCAACAAGACCCGGAAUUCAAGUCUACUGUGGCCCUUUUUGGCAAUGCGAAGAUCGUGAAGGAUCAUGAUGGCUCUGCGAUUCAACUUUCUGGCACCGGACGAGUCAUGUACGAGAAACCCAUCGAGCUUUUGCAAGGUAAAUCAAGAAAAUUAGUUUCUUUCUCAACUUACUUUGCACUUUCCAUGGCUGUGGAGGGAGAGAAUGGUCUGGCUUUUGUUAUAGCUUUCGGUAAUGAUAGCUUAUCUGGGUUUUCUUCUGGAUUGACAAAUAGAAGCUUUCUGGGUAAUACUCUUGAAGUAAGCAUUUUAAGAGAUGGUCACGAUAGAAAUGGUAGUUCAGUUAUAGCCAAGAUUAAUGACACUGCUUCAACUGUGAAAAUGGGUCUGAAAAGUGAGAAGAAACUUCAUGUUUGGAUUGAUUAUAGAGCAAUUUCUUCCCGCUUAGAAGUCAGGUUGAGUCAAUAUGACAAUUCAAGGCCAUCUCAUCCAUUUCUCUGGCACAAAAUCAACUUGUCAACCAUCAAAGAGAAUAAGGAAAUGUUUGUCGGCUUUAGCACAGUGAAGGAGAACUCGUCUGAAACCUGUUUUCUCCAUUCAUGGAACUUCACGUCAAGGCUAUUCCCACAUUGGAUACACUCAGAGCCUCUGGAUCCAAAUGCUCUUGAUAGGAAGAGUGAAGAUCUGAGAGAACCAAAGUGUGAUUGCUUUUUCAGAGUUGUUUCUGCGAUGCUGAUUGGGGCUGGAUUUGGAGGAUUGAUCGGUUUCAUUGUGCUAUUUUGGAACAGGAUUAGGGAUAAAAGACCAGUGGUGCCAGAGGAGUGUGUGGAUAAGGAAUUUGGAUACAAGAAAGUGAACAUAGUUGCAGACAAAAGUGCCAUCAAUGUUGGUGUGAAGAAGUAGGUGAUCCUGUCUUUUCAAGUUGGAUUCAUUUGUCUACGUAAAUUAGUCCUAUAAACAUUGGUGUAUCUAAACUCUAUGCUCAAGCUUUUCGGUGUAGUUACAAAUGCAGAAGGACUAAUUUAUAUAGAGGAAUGUAUUCAAAAAAUCGAUCCGUCUGCCACUUCUAAAACCAACUUGAACAUCUGCUUUUGCUAUAUUUUAAGCUAAUCUUUCGUGUUCCAUCGCUUUGCUCUUCAAUGUUGGAAAAUAGGGAAAUAGAUCUCUAUGUUCCUGUGCAGUUUUUCCCCUUUAAUCCUAUAAAUUUAAUUUUAAUAGCUAUUUUUCGUUA